AUGCAUAGAUGCAAGGCCGCUGACGCACUACUCUCGCAAAUGGUGAUGGAGAACGACUACGAGAUUAUCAUCAUAAGCGAGCAAUAUAAAAAGAAAGAGAGAGGUACAUGGUUAAAAGAUAACAGCUCAAUCGCCGCUACAUGGUUACCACCAUGGAGUAGCGCCACCACUGUUAGUAAGGGGAACGGCAAAGGUUUCGUCUGGGCCAAGUGCGACCGUUUUACAGUAAUUAGCUGCUACCUKAUGCCAAGCGAUAGCAUACAGGAGUUCCAAGAAAAGCUCGACAAUAUAGAGGACACAGCCAGGACUAUAGAAGGUCAAUUGAUUAUCGCCGGAGACCUAAACUCCAGAGCAUUAGAGUGGGGAAUGCCAAACACCGACUCGAGAGUAAAGCGAAUUUUAGAAAUGGCUGCGCGGAUAGGUCUAAUAGUGCUCAAUAUGGGAAAUGCAACCACGUUCAGAAAACCGGGAUGCGAAGAAACCACACCAGACAUCACCCUAUCAACAGAACGCAUGGCAGGCUCAAUAAAUAAUUGGAAAGUCCCGGAGGAUUAUACCGGCAGCGAUCAUAACUACAUCUCUUUCAUGAUAAACACUGGAGGAAACGGCUGCCAGCUCAGAAAAAAUAUCGGAACUCGAAAGUGGAACAUCUCGAAACUAGACACAUCGAAAUUAAUCGCCGCAAUAGACGAGCUGAACCCAUCUAGCGACCCCUCCCUUAUAGCAAGAAAAACAGUCGAGCACACAAUGCUUAAUAUAACCAAAGCUUGCCAUAAUCAAUGCCCAAGCCUUCCCACAGCAAACGUAAAGCAGCAGUUUACUGGUGGACUGAAAAUAUCGCUCAGCUCAGACGCACAUGCCUCCGCCUCCGCAGAUUCUUCACGAGGUCUAGGCGUAGAGGAGACGCACCCCAAGAAUCCGAGCAAAAUAAAGCAGCAAAAAAGUAGCUGA